AUGGACCUAGACCCAGAAGACAUUUGGUCGGAUACCUCUGAGGAGGGAGAAGUCCAGUCUGACCCGCCGCUUUCGUCCCGCGCCUACCAGAUUGAGAUGUUCAACCAUAGCAUGAAGGAAAACAUUAUUGCUGUUAUGGGUACUGGUAGUGGCAAAACACAGAUUGCCAAGCUGCGAAUAGAAGCGGAACUCGAGCGUUCCCCAGGCAAGUUGGUAUGGUUCACUGCUCCCAGUGUGGUCCUAGCGUAUCAGCAAUACCGCUUCCUUUCGCAACAGCUACCAGCCUUCCAAUUCAGGCUGAUUACCGGCAUGGACAGCCCUGAUUAUUGGACCACCAAGGACGUUUGGGACCAAGUCCUCCACAAUAUUCAUGUUGUUGUCUCUACACCCGCCAUCCUGAAACAAGCCCUCAAUUACGGCUUCAUUUCCCUGGCUGGCAUUUCGUUGCUUGUUUUCGACGAAGCUCAUCAUGGUAUCAAGAACGCUGAACAGAACCAAAUCAUGCAACUUCACUAUCACCCUUACAAUAUAACGGGGUCUGACUUCGAACUGCCUCAUAUUCUCGGUCUGUCCGCGAGUCCAGUUGUGAGGAAUACAGUGACAGAAAAGACCGUCUUGGAGCAGAAUCUGCACGCGAUUUGCAAGACUCCGUUGCAGCAGUUGGAUGAAUACACAGCUUUCGUAAACAUGCCAGACCUGAUGAUACUGACAUAUAGCCCUGCUCAGGAGACUCCCUCCAAUUUGCAGGCCGCUUUAGCCGGAAUUGUCUCUAGCAUCCAUGUACAUGACGACCCGGUUAUGGACACUCUUCGCGCAAGAGAUGAUCGAGAAGCGCACAGGCAGCUUGAGAAGAUCCUGAAAAAGAACUGCACGCCGGCUAUGAGAGAAUUGCAAUCACUUGAACGGUCGAGCAAAGACAUACAAGAAAGCCUGGGAAACUGGGCCUGCGACACUUUCAUCAAGAAUUGUGCUCAGAAGAUUGAAAUUCGAGAAUUUCACGUGCCUGACCAUGCAGUCAUGGACUCAUCUCCUGGUGAAGACUACCGUUUUGUACAAUCCUGCCUCCGGCCUCUCCAUGAACAGAUAUUGUGCAAUAGCUUGUCCAUGUCCGCAGUGCAUAACAUUUCACCAAAGGUCCAAAUUCUGCUUGGCUUCCUCCAAGAGCAACAUUGUCCAGACCUCAGAUGUCUUAUUUUUGUGAAAGCUAGGAAUACAGCUUGGGUACUGACUGAGAUUCUCAACAAUCAUCCACUGACAAAAGACUCCUACAAAGCCCUUUCCUUUGUCGGCGUCAGCAUUCCAUCUCACCGGCGCAUAUUUGACUUUGCAGAAUUAGCCCUUCAGCACGACAACCUUGAAAGAUUUCGAAGAGGGGAGCUCAAUGUAUGUGUGGCAACUUCAGUGCUCGAGGAAGGUAUCGACGUGCCUGCCAUGAACCUGGUAAUAUGCUUCGAUGAACGACCAAACUUUCGAAGUUUCAUCCAAAGUCGAGGCAGGGCUCGGCAAAAAGGCUCAAGAUUCGUGCUCUUUCAAGAGGCCGCCGCUAAGCUACAGCAAUGGCAAGCCCUAGAGGACGAGAUGAGGCAGGAGUGUGAGGACUCUCUUCGAGGCCUGGAAGAGCGGGAGCGCAUCGAGAACAUAGAUGAAUCUGAGGCAGAAAUCUUUAGGGUUGAGUCUACCGGGGCCACAUUGACUUACAACGGAUCAAGGCAACUUCUGAGUCGAUUUUGCGCAAAGCUACCCAGGACGGAUGAAUGCGAACAGCCGUGUCCCAUAUUCUACAUCCAAGGGGAUAUCGGCGUCGACGUGGUGGCGACAGUGUGCCUUCCCAGUUCUCUCCCCCCGAGCUUGCAAAAGGCAGAGUCAAAGUUUCGCUGGCGAACAGAGAAAAAGGCGAAGCAAGAUGCUGCCUUCCAGGCUUAUCUGGCCCUUUACAAGGCCGGACUUGUGACGGAAUAUCUGUUACCUCCAGAAUGGCCAAAGGAAACAGACACCGAUCGGUCAGUCGAAACGAGAGACAGCGAGUACGAUGUGCGGAGUCAAUACGACCCUUGGCCAAUGGUUAUGGAACAAUGGACAACCUCCGGUAGAGUUUUUGCUCAUCGUCUUCAAGUCGAAGCCACCGAUUGCACCUAUCCUCCUAUGCUCCUGCUUCUCCCUCGAAAACUCUCCAGCCUGGCUUUUCCGCUUUUCACUACGCCAUCCAGCUGGACGCAAGUUCGCGUGGACACCGGGAAGGAGAUAUACGAUUUCCCCACAGACCUGGGACGGGACAUAAGUUUUCUUCUCCUGGACACGAUACUUGGGAGAAGACUACAAGGCCUUGACAAGGAACAGCUCCCUUUCCUUCUCGUCCCCGACCUGGAUAUGCCGUCGCUGCGAGAAUGGUAUCAGAUGGCAUCUAGCAACACAUCGAUGAGGCACUUUCUUGAAACAUGUUCCAUCAACGACAAGCAAUGUCUUGUAAGGUCCAAGCAUCAUCCUGUUCCUCGCGUAUGGCAGCCCGUCUUAUUACAAACAAGUGCCACCCACCAUGGACAGCAGCUCGAAAGAACGGAUAGCAUCACCGAAAUCGUCGUUACGAAACUUCCCAAGAGGCUAGACUAUCUAAUCUGUCCACGAGAUCCCCUACCGACAGGUUCUGAUACAUCAAAGGUCUUGCCUGUGGAGGAUUGUUCGGUAUUGGGAUUACCCGCAGAGUACGGGCGGUUAAUGCUACUCGUCCCAUCGAUUACGCACAUGCUCGAAGUUGCUUUACGCACUACGGAAGCGUGCCGAGGGCCUUUGCUCAGCCUUGGCUUUGACAAUCUCGAUCUCGUGUCUGAAGCAAUAACAACUCCACGGGCCGGUAGUCGACACUGUGAGCGGCUCGAGUUCCUCGGAGACAAUAUACUGAAGUUUUACUCUUCGCUCCAAGUUUUUGUCGACUAUCCGCACCAUCCGGAAAGCCUGCUCAGUCUGUACCGGGCGAGAGUCGUCAACAAUGCGCGGCUGCAGCGAGCGACUCGGGCUCUGGGACUGGACCAGUAUCUCACUCGAGUUCCUUUUGCGGGCUACCAAUGGUCAAUUGGCGUCCGUGACUCGAAAGUACGGGCUAAGAAGCCACCACAGAAUCGGUUAUCGUCGAAAACAUUGGCGGAUGUGGUCGAAGCAAUAAUCGGGGCUGCAAGUCUUACUGGCCUCAGAGCAGAAGACAAGGAAGCCAAGAUUCUUUCAGUAUUACGGCUGUUCAUUGAUGAGGUCUCGUGGAAGCCUUUGUCGGAGAACAUCGCCAAAUUCCAGCCCCCAAACACCCCUUCAAGUCACAGACAUGAGGCAUUGAAGUCUGUCGAGGCACUAAUUGGUUACACCUUUGCGUGCCAUGCUCUCCUGGCACAGGCUCUAACUCAGUCGAGUCUUGGUGGCGAUGGUAUCUCGUCGUACGAGCGGCUUGAGUUCCUAGGCGACGCUGUCCUCGACCACAUCGUGAAGCCGAAGCUUUUUCACAGUUCCCUCCAACUCGACCCGGGUCAGAUGACAAGUCGCUGUCACGCCCUGGUCAGCCAUGUAACGUUAGCGUUCUUCGCCCUCCAGGCUUCAGUUACCCGCUGCACAUAUGUCGUGCAGACGGACCUCGACACGAAACAAACGGUGAGUAGGGAGGAAGCCGAGACCGUCUACCUCCCCGACCACAUCAAACGAAUCGGCAACCACCGGUCUCCCUUGGAGCGACGCGCCACUCUGGCAGCCUACGAGGAAGUGUGGUCCUCGGUUCUCGCGAGCUUUGAAACCGGCAAGAAAUUCCCCUGGAGCGCGCUCUCGCGCCUGGGAGCACCGAAAUGCUACUCGGACAUCAUGGAAUCUAUCCUUGGAGCGGUCUUCCUUGAUUCAGGCGGAGACUUGACGGCUUGCGAAGCGGUGCUCGAGAAAAUGGGGUAUAUGAAACUGGUGCACCGGCUUGUAACGGACAAGGAGAUUGACGUGCGGCAUCCCGUAGCGCGACUCGGCGAAGUUUUCAACAAAUUUGACCUCGUAGCGCAGGAGAGGAAGAAGUCGGCCAUGGGCGAUUCCGGGAGGAGAAGCUGGCGGUGUAAAGUCAUGGUCAAGGGGGAGAGGAUCGCGUUUGUCAAGGGCGCGGCCUGUAAGGAGGAGGCGACGUGUCGUGCGGCGGAGAAGGCAUUGGAGGUGGAGUGUCGCAAGCGGAAGAGGCGGCCCAGCGAGCAGCUGUCUGAGAAUGGAGCGGAAGAGCAGCAACGGGAGGAGGGGGAGGAGGAAGAGGGAGGCCGACAGCGCGAUGAAGAUGUGUCUGAUUAG